UUUGUAUAUAUACAAAAUCCACUUGAAGAGUUUGUUUUAUCAGCUAUUUACAGCAAAGCGUUACUUUAACUACAAUUUUGUCAAGCUUUAUCUCAAAUAAGUAUUAUUAGCCUUAUUUGGAUUUUAUCAAGCGCUCAGAUGAAUAUAUUCGUUUUUUGUUUGCAAAAUCUGGAUAUAAACAAAAAAUAUAUCGUUUCAAAGAAUGCACUUUUGUUUACAUUUGAUCAAAAUAAAGUCACUAUCAGUCUUUUUUCAACCAUACUUAAAAACCUUUCCAAAAUGGUUGAAACAUUUACAGGAGAAUCAUUACAAUAUGAAGCCCUGAAUGUUGAAAAUAUGAAUCCAAGAAUCAAGCAGGUUGAAUAUCCAAUUAAAUCACCUAUUAUAAUUAGAGCAAUGGAACUAGAAAAAGAACUUAAUGAAGGAGAAAAACUUCCAUUUGAAACAAUAAUUAAAGCAUAUGUUGGUGAUUGCAUGGGACAUGGGACAAAAACAAAUUACAUUUGUUCGGCAGCUUCUUGCUGCAUGUUUAUAUCCUCCAUUAAUUAACAAAAAUAUCUUUCCUUCUGAUGUAAAAAAAAGAGCAAAUAAAAUUCUAAGUACUAUCAAAGAAAGCAUGGGUUGCUAUGGUGAUAUUGGUGGUUUGGCUGUUGUUAAAAAGAAUGUUGCAAAGUUUAUUGCUCGUCGAGAUGGUUUUCCUUGUAAUUCAGAACAUAUAGUUCUCACAAAUGGCGCUAGUACAUCUGUCCAAUACAUCUUAGAGUUAUUUGUUCGUGAAAAUGAAAAUGUUGGCAUCAUGAUUCCAAUUCCACAAUAUCCACUGUAUUCUGCAACUAUUGAUGAGUUUGGGAUGAAGCAAGUAGGAUACUAUUUAAAUGAAGAAAACAAUUGGUCGUUAGAUAUAUCAGAGUUAAAGCGUUCUUUGGAUGAUGCAAGAAAAACAUGUUCUGUAAAAUGUCUUUGUGUAAUAAAUCCUGGUAAUCCAACUGGGCAAGUUCUUUCUUAUCAAAACAUUCAAGAGAUAAUCAAGUUUGCAAUAGAAGAAGGUUUAUUUAUUAUUGCUGAUGAAGUUUAUCAAGAUAAUGUUUAUGCUGAAGAAUGUACCUUUUAUUCUUUUAAAAAGGUAAUGAAAGAGAUGGGAAAUGUUGCUAAAGAUUUGCAGUUAGCAUCUCUACAUUCUUGCUCAAAAGGUUUUUUGGGAGAAUGUGGUUUGAGAGGAGGAUAUGUUGAAUUUGUUGGCAUCAGUGAUGAAGUUUGUUAUCACUUUAAUAAAUUACUUUUUGCGCAAACGAGUACCAACGUAACAGGACAGUUAGUUUUGUAUUGUUUUGUUAAUCCACCUAAAAAUCAUGAAUCUUCAUAUGACUUGUUUGUACAGGAAAAAACGAAUAUUCUGUCAUCUUUGAAAAAACGAGCCCGAUUGGUGUAUGAAAAUUUAAACAAAAUAGAAGGUGUUAUCUGCAAAGAAAUUCAGGGAUCUCUUUUUGCUUUUCCUCAAAUUUGGCUACCUGAAAAAGCUAUCAACCAAGCAAAGUCACUUGGUCAAGCUCCUGAUUUUUUUUAUUGCAUGCAACUACUUGAACAAACAGGAAUAUGUGUGGUGCCAGGUAGUAGUUUUCAUCAAAAGGAUGGUACCUAUCAUUAUCGUUUGACCAUUCUUCCGUCAGAUGAUCAAUUAAAAGCUUUGUUGAAAAAGUUUGGAGAAUUUCAUAAAAGAUUUCUUAAUUUUUACAAAUAAAAUUUAAUUUUAUAAAAAAGUUUGUUAUAAAAAUUAGAUUAUAA